AUCAAAGUGAGAAGCCGCUGAAUCGUUGACUGUAAGCAGCGAGUCGACGACCUGGAACAGAGGAUCCAGACGAGGAGGAGGUCUUGAGAGUUAGCGUGCUGGUGGGAGACUUCCUGACACGAAUUUCUGAAAAGUACAGUGAAACUUUGGAUGUUGCUACGACAUUAAUUGUGGGAUUAGCAACUACUCUCGCCUCAAAGUUUGUUUGGGGAACCCUUCAGUGCUGACGGAAGUGACGUAAUGGGGGAGUCUGACGUAGAGUGUCGUGCAUUUCACUUCGAAAACAUCACAGAUCUGUGCACUUUUGUCAGUUCCACAUCUGACUGCCAAACUGACGAUGGGUUUAUUAAUUACACAAAUUUUGUUUACUGUUGUUUGAGCAGUCACCUUGUAGUGCUCAGUGUUAUUAUCCUGUUCUUCUGGUGGCUGUUUUUGUUCUGUGGCUUGGCGGUGACAGCAGAUGACUUUUUCUGUCCAUCAUUGGUGGUGAUCUCCAAAACUCUUCGGUUGAGUCAUAACAUUGCUGGAGUGACAUUUUUGGCUUUUGGAAAUGGUUCUCCUGAUAUAUUUUCUGCAAUUGCUGCCAUUGGAAAUGCCAAAGCUGGAGAUGCUGGUCUUGCCAUUGGAGCACUUUUUGGAGCAGGCGUUUUUGUGACAACUGUGAUUGUGGGGACUAUUUCCACUGUGUGUCCUUUUGAUGCCAUGCAACGACCAUUUUUACGUGAUGUCAUCUUUUACUUGGGUGCAGUGUUCUGGGCAUUUUACAUCAUGUGGAAAAAGGAAAUUCACACCCUGGAAGCCGUUGGUUUUAUCCUUCUCUACGUGGUCUAUGUUAUUGUGGUUGUGGUCGGAAGGCUUUUCUAUCAGUGCAUGAGGGAACCUCGAACUUUGGUUGUCAACAAUGAGGACACUGCUGAUGAGAGUGACAGUUUUGCACCAGAUGAUGAGAGCAAACCCCUCUUGAGACCUGAGACUGAUGAGGAAAACAAAGCCAUAGAAAUAGAAUUAAUAAUGAGGAGACCCAAACACCAUGAGCCACAACAACCACUUAAAAUGUUUCUCAUGUCAGUCAACCCAAUCAACACAGAGGAGUGGUCAAAAAUGAGAAUUUUUGCCAAGGCAUAUGAAAUAUUUAAGUCCCCACUCCUACUUGUUCUGAAACUAACAGUGCCUGUGGUAGUAUAUGCCGAUGACGAUGAGAACCAUGGAUGGAACCGAUAUCUUAAUACUAUUCAUUGCCUGACUGGGCCAGUUUUCACCAUCUUUGCUGUUAAUGUGGGAUUUAAAACUAUAGGAGGAGUAUUUCCACUAUAUGGUCUUGUCCUGAUUAUUGGUGCAGUACUGGCUACAGCGGUGUUUUUCACAUCAACCAACGAUCAAAAACCACGAUACCAUGAUUUGUUUGCCUAUCUUGGCUUUGUGGUUGCUGUUGUGUGGAUUUACUCUAUGGCAAAUGAAAUUGUCAACAUUCUUCAGACAUUCGGAAUUGUUCUGAACAUCAGUAAUUCAAUCAUAGGGUUGACACUUUUAGCCUGGGGAAACAGCAUUGGAGAUUUUGUAGCUGAUCUCACUUUGGCAAGGCAAGGUUACCCCAGGAUGGGAAUCUCUGCAUGCUUUGGAGGCCCUCUUUUCAAUCUUUUGCUUGGCAUUGGAAUACCCUUUACAAUAGCUUGCAUCAACAAAGGAGGAGUUUUCAAGCUACAAGUGACCCUGGAAGAACUGUUUUUAGCAGGUGGGGUUGCUGUUAGCCUUGUCUCUUCAUUGAUCAUUGUUCCCUUGUCUGGUUUCCACAUGUCAAGAGGCUAUGGAAUCUACCUCAUUAUUCUCUAUGUCGUCUUUCUUGUUUUGGCUGUUCUCAUUGAAACUGAUGUCAUUAAGAACAUUAGUCACUAGUCAUGACUGUGAUAUUAAAUAUAAAGCAUUUUUGCUUUAAUCUGGUGAGACUAGUGCACCAAAUGCAGCAUUUCAAGCUGCAAAGAUACAAAAUGGAGUAAAGAGAAUCAACAGGUAUGCUUUGUGCUUGUGUGUGUGUCAAGGGUGUGGGGGGAACCGCUUGUGACUGGAAGAGAAGGUGCUUUCUGUAUGUGUGUGUGGGUGGUCAGGUGGUUGCAUGGUUGGCUGGCUGGUGCACUCAUGAGUUGUUUGUUCAUGUACUUAUACAUGCACGUUGACAGAUAUGCACGGUGUUACUUAUAAAGGAGAAAAAUUGACUCUUCCUAUUACAACAAAACUGCAUUUUCCCUGUUAUUGUAUAUUGUACAUAUUGUUUUUGGCUAAUCAGAGAGAAACAAACACUGUUUAAUAUUUUCAUGGUUUUAAAGAGGCAUAAUUGUUAAGCUUUCAUAGAUGGGUGAAAAAGUUAACUUUAAUGUUAUAUGGGCUUCUUUGUUAAAUAGCAAUAUUUUAUACUCUUAUCAUUUGAAUUUAAGAGUUCUCUAUUGAAUAUUCAUGCACUCUUUUCUUAGCUUAUACAAAAUUUAAAAUAUUUUCUAAUGAAAUAUUUUACCACAUGAAAAUUCUAAUUAUGAUGAAUCUGUUUUAUUGACAGUUUUUUUUAAUAAAUUGUUAGUAUUAAAGAUUGGAUAUGUCUUUCACUGGAAUAUGUAACAUCAAAAAUAAUUUAGACUUUCAUUAUGGAGCAUGUUAUACUAUUAAAUAUUACAAACGCACACAUAGUUUGAUACCCUUCUUGUAUUAUUCCUACUGGUACACACGCUUCUAGCAGGAGCCAAACAUCCUGAAACUAUAAAGAGGUGAGAAAAAUUUAGCACACAACAAUUGAUUCCUGACUGAAUACAUUACAAAAAGGUAAAAGA